GGAUGAUGACAGAAGUUUUCAGCUGAAUGUAGCGACUUUUAUCAUGCAGCCACCCACUUAUUGAUCCCACUAGUGACCAGACAGAAACCGGGACUCGUCAUUUUAUCACCAACCCUUUUACAUUUUAGUUAUUUUUUUUAAUGAACUGCACAGACGCAGGACACGCGCGGUGCCAUCUGGGAACUUGUACUUUGGAGCAGACCGUCCGUUUGGCGUGUUUUUAACCGGGGGCUGCACAGCACAGAGCCCGCUGGGCUGACCGAGGUGCAGCCAUGGGAAACCGGGGGAUGGAGGACCUUAUUCCCCUCAUCAACAAGCUCCAGGACGCCUUCAGCUCCAUCGGCCAAAGCUGUAACUUAGACCUGCCUCAGAUAGCGGUGGUCGGCGGCCAGAGCGCAGGGAAGAGCUCCGUGUUGGAAAAUUUCGUUGGGAGGGACUUUUUGCCCAGAGGAUCUGGCAUCGUCACCCGUCGCCCCCUCAUCCUCCAGCUGGUAAACAGUAAAGCAGAAUAUGCAGAGUUCUUACAUUGCAAGGGUCGUAAGUUUGUGGAUUUCGACGAGGUCCGUUUGGAGAUUGAAGCAGAGACGGAUCGGCUGACCGGAUCCAACAAAGGCAUCUCUCCCAUCCCCAUCAACCUCCGCGUCUACUCCCCAAAUGUGCUGAACUUGACCCUGAUCGACCUGCCGGGAAUGACCAAAGUGGCGGUGGGAGACCAACCCGUUGAUAUUGAGCACCAGAUAAGGGACAUGCUGUUGCAGUUCAUCACUAAGGAGAGCUGUCUGAUCCUGGCUGUCACACCGGCCAACACUGACCUGGCCAACUCCGAUGCACUCAAGAUCGCUAAAGAGGUGGACCCUCAAGGUCUGCGGACCAUUGGUGUGAUCACCAAACUGGACCUGAUGGACGAGGGGACGGACGCACGUGACAUCCUGGAAAACAAACUGCUGCCUCUCCGCAGAGGGUACAUCGGGGUUGUAAACCGCAGUCAGAAGGACAUUGAUGGGAAGAAAGACAUCCGCGCUGCUUUGGCUGCUGAGAGGAAGUUCUUCUUGUCCCAUCCUGCAUACAGACACAUCGCAGAACGCAUGGGAACACCACUCCUACAGAAGACGCUCAAUCAGCAACUGACCAACCACAUCCGUGACACGUUGCCAGGGUUACGCAGUAAACUGCAAAGCCAGCUGCUCUCACUGGAGAAAGAGGUUGACGAAUACAAGAACUUCCGCCCUGAUGAUCCAGCACGUAAAACCAAGGCCUUACUUCAGAUGGUGCAGCAGUUUGGCGUGGACUUUGAGAAGUGCAUUGAAGGGUCCGGAGACCAGGUGGACACUUCCAACUUAUCCGGCGGAGCCAAAAUCAACCGCAUCUUUCAUGAGCGUUUUCCCUUCGAGCUCGUGAAGAUGGAGUUUGACGAGAAGGAGUUGAGGAAAGAGAUUAGUUAUGCAAUCAAGAACAUCCAUGGAGUCAGGACAGGCCUGUUCACCCCAGACUUGGCAUUUGAGGCCAUAGUGAAAAAGCAGGUCAUAAAGCUGAAAGACCCCUGUCUGAAAUGCGUUGACCUUGUCGUCACUGAGCUUGUCACCCUGAUCAGGAAGUGCACUGAAAAGCUCGGCUCUUAUCCUCGACUGAGAGAAGAGACAGAGAGGAUCGUCACCACCUACAUCAGAGAGAGAGACAGCAAAACCAAAGACCAGGUGCUGCUGCUGAUCGACAUUGAACUUUCCUACAUCAACACUAACCAUGAAGACUUUAUCGGAUUUGCUAAUGCACAGCAAAGAACCGCUGCCAACGCCACCAAGAAAAGAGUCAUGCCCAAUCAGGGAGAGAUUCUUGUGAUCCGCAGAGGAUGGCUCACUAUCAAUAUCAGUAUCAUGAAGGGAGGAUCCAAGGAUUACUGGUUUGUCCUGACUGCUGAGUCUCUGUCCUGGUACAAAGAUGAGGAGGAGAAAGAGAAGAAGUACAUGCUGCCUCUUGACAACUUGAAGCUGAGAGAUGUAGAAAAAGGCUUCAUGUCCAGCAAACACGUCUUUGCCAUCUUCAACACUGAACAGAGGAAUGUGUAUAAAGACCUGCGACAGAUUGAACUGGCCUGUGACACUCAGGAGGAUGUGGACAGCUGGAAGGCUUCUUUCCUCAGAGCUGGUGUUUAUCCAGAGAAAGACCAGGCUGAUAAUGAAGAUACGAUGACUCCUGGCGAUACUGUGUCCAUGGACCCUCAGCUGGAGCGGCAGGUGGAGACCAUCCGCAACCUGGUGGACUCCUACAUCGGCAUCGUCAACAAGUCCAUCAGAGACCUCAUGCCUAAAACCAUCAUGCACCUCAUGAUUAACAGCGCGAAAGACUUCAUCCACUCAGAGCUGCUGGCCUACCUGUACAACGCAGGAGACCAGGGCAGCCUGAUGGAGGAGUCUGCAGAACAGGCACAGAGGAGAGAUGAGAUGCUGAGGAUGUACCAUGCACUGAAAGAAGCCCUGGUCAUCAUAGGAGACAUCAGCACCACCACAGUUUCAACACCAGUUCCUCCACCUGUAGACGACACUUGGAUGGUCAAGGAUCCAAGUCCUCCCCCAGCAUCUCGUCCCACCUCAGCAACAGCGCCCCCUCCCAGCCGACCCCCAGCAGUGAGGGGGCCCACACCAGGGCCUCCCCUACCUCUAAACCCCUCCCCAGCCUUUGGAGCCCCACCUGUGCCUUCUCGACCUGGACCCCAAGCUGAUCCUGGUGUUGUGCCUCUAGUCCCCUCCAGGCCGGCCCGUGUGCCCCCUGCUCUGCCACCAGGAAUCCCCAGAAGACCCCCGGCUGCUCCCAACCGGCCCACUGUCAUACGUCCUUCAGAGCCUUCCCUGCUUGACUAGAAACACAAAACACUUAUCUUAUGGUUUACACUUUUAUAUUCCUGAGGCAGUAAAUGAACCAGUUUCUAUUUGUGUAUAUUCCCAUAACUUCAAGCCUUGUCCCACUAUAACUGGUCGUCUGAUUCUGUUGAAGUCUGUGCAUUUCAGAAACAUUAUGUAUGUAAUUUUGACUGUAUGUGCAGGUAGCUUUUUUUUUUUUUAACAAUUAUGAAGAAAGGGAUACAUUUGUUGUUUUGUUGACUUAAAGGUUAUGAACCACGAAGUCUUCUGCUUUUUCAUUUGAAAUGAAAACAUUCAGUUUAUAAUUCACAACACUUUUUAUAUAAUGGUAAGAAAAAAAAUGUUUAGAAGUCAUUUUUCAUAGGAUGCAUACUUGUUAACAUUUUGUCAGUGAUUUCGCACACUAAGCACCUCACAAAGGUAGCAUUACUUUUUGAUAGAGUAAUGAUUUCUUUCCAUGGCUGGUACAAUAUAAGUCAGCCUUGAAAUGAGCUCGUUUUAAUCUGACUGACCAACUGAAUUUGCUUGUUUCUCUUUUCGGCUGAUUAAUGCUAUUACCAGUUUUCUUUUCUCAGAUAUAUUGUAUUUUGAUGUUGGUGUUUGUCUUUGAGGGCCACUUAAACAGGAGACAGAAGGAGGAUACUUUAUAUUUCAGUCUUGUCAUCUGUUAUAUCACUGAGAACUUGAAGAGGUAAAAGUGACCUUCUCAACUACACGACCUCCGACAGUUUCCUCCCACCAAUGCUUACCCUCAAUGAAAUUUAUAUCCAGAAGCCUUGAGCAAAAUUUAUUUAGUAAUUACUUCAUAAAUUAUCAUCUUAAGAAGCCAUAAGAAGAAAGGUGACUGUAAGGAGUCUUUCAGAGGGUGUAUAAAGGUGAUUGACUAAAUAAAAGAAUAGAAAAU